AUGCACUUCACCACUGUUCUUUCUACCCUCGGCCUCAUGGCCAGCAUUGCUCUCGCAGCCCCCAAGGCUCCCAUUCUGGCGGCCCGCGAUGAGGAUGUUGACUUCACUGUCUACAAGGACGAUGCUGGCAACGUUGAGUCCUUCGUCAACGCCACCGCGCUCGGCGUCGACAUCUUUGAGCCCAUUCCCGAUGAUGGUGUCGUCCUCAAGGACCGCAUCGUCGCCGAGCCGGGCACCAAGGCCUGGGCCUGGAUCCGUGCGCAGAUCGACAUCAACUGGGACGAGGUGACCGAAGAGCAGCUGCAGAAGCGCCAGGGCUGGGCCAACAUUGGCAUCGGCAUGUGGGCCCAGGACAACUGCCAGGGCCAGGCCUCUUACUUCGACAACGUCCAGUACAACGUUAACCACUACGGCACGAUCAACCACUACAGCUUCGGUAUCCGCUACCGUGGCCUGCGCAACGGAGAGCAGCUUGACGUCAGCCGCCUGAACGGUGGUGACUGGUGCGGAACCUACGUCGCUACCAUUGCCCGCAACUCUGGCACUGGCUGUGGUCACGUCGGCCCCAUCAACUGCUUCCGUCUGUGGCUGAACUAG